AUGGGUUUGCGAGGGACAGGCUUCCUGCUGCAGUGUUACCUGAUGUUGGCGGGCGCCAUGUAUUUCGAUCUGGGGGAACAGGAGGAAAAGUGCAUCAUCGAGGAGAUUCCUGAAGACUCGCUGGUCACCAGUUAUUUCUUGUUGGAGCCGUGGCACCGGGAGUCAUCCAGCAAGCCAUCUCGCUACUUUGGCGUCAGGGCGAAGGUCAAAGACCCAAACUUCGAGAUCGUGGUGGACAAACGUUUCGGUAAAUUUGGCAAGUUCACCUUCACUGCGCACGCCUCAGGGAAUCACUUCCUCUGCUUCCAAACCAACUCCACCAAGUUCUCCGUCUACGCUGGAGAAAAGCUGAAGCUGCAUUUGGAUGUCCAGAUGGGAGAGCACACCAUCGACCCUCAGAUAGACAGAACCAAAAGCAACCUGGAGGUUCUGGAGAACAGUCUGAGACACAUGAUAGACCAGAUGGGAUACAUCCUCAAACACCAGGACUACCAGAGGGAGAAGGAGGAGGUGUUUCGUCAGGUCAGCGAGGACACCAACAGAAAGGUGAUGUGGUGGGCUGUGGUGCAGACCUCCAUCUUGCUGUCUGUUGGUUUCUGGCAGAUGAAGCGACUGAAAGACUUCUUCAUCGAAAAGAAAUUGGUCUAAGGCUCCCCACCUUGCUGUUUUUCUACAACCUGCCUGCUCUUUUACCCCUGCAGUUUCU